AUGGAAGUCCAGUGGGGCUCCAAUAUUCAGCCGACAACCCUGCCAACACCAUACGUUACAAGGCCAAUACCAGAUGAAUCAAUGUACCAACAUUCACAAAUGAAUAUUGAUGGAUCUUCGAGAUCCACGACACGGAGAUACAACAAGACUGGUCGAUAUUCUAAAAAACGAUCGCAACAAGAUGAUGCACAAUAUCAAUAUCCACAACAAUACUACUCUUCAACAUACCCGAAUUCUCAGACUCCUUACUAUAGUAAUAUCACCUCAACAUCGCAAUAUUAUUCCAAUGGAGCGAAUGCAUCUCGUUCAAUGAUGUCACGUGGUAUUAAAAGAACAAUCAACUCCAUAGGAAUUCAACGAACACCUGAAGAAAUUAAUCAUCAUACAAAUGUGGUGCAAAGAUUUGAGACUGCAAUAAAGAACGAUCAGAUCGCUGUUUAUAACCCUGAUUAUAAAACACCAUUCCGAUCUUACCAAGAUGCUGUCGCAAGACUUUUGCCAUAUAACAUCUUUGACUAUCCGGACGAAGAUUUUAAAGGCAAUUAUCAGACAUCAGAUUUGGAUGCAACUAAACUUGCUUUGAAAUUUUAUAAAAAGCGGAAAGUGAUAUUUGAUAAAUACAAUGACCUUAUCAAAAAAGAAGCUGAA